GUCCAUCUCGUGUGCGAUGGUGUGCCUCAUCAUUCUGGGCUCGUCUGCCCUUAUUGGCGUGUUCGGUCUUCUGAAGCACCAAAUCAGCGCUGUUCUCGUCACAGGAGUUAUGUACCUACUGGCAGCAACUUUUGCCAUUUUCACACUUACCAUCAUCCAUUUCAAGAGGCAGCAGGUCAAGGAUAAACCAGAAAAGACUGCAGCUGACUGUUUCCUGACCGGCAGUGUAUUGUCCGCGCUGACGGACGGGAUGUCGCCGUCUAGCUCAGCGGUACUGGCCCAAGUGCAGGUGGACGCUGACAUUUUCAUGGCUCGAGUUUUCACCACGUCCUGGAGCUUAGAUCUGGGCUGGGGGGGUGUUACCCUCUGUGUCCUAUCCAGCUUACUGUGGAUAAUACUGUCCAAGAUAAUGAGGUACAGUCCCCUGUCCACGUUGCCCUCGUAGUGACUAACGUGACCCAGGGCUUGGAUCUAAGUCAUGCUCUGGGCGUGAAGUCAAAGUCCUGGUGAUUCCUGGCUGAGUUAUUCACAAACAGAUUCUUUUAGAAGGUUGCGGUUUGAAGUGGUUACAACUUAAAACAAUGGAUGCAACCCCUGCUACAUUUUCGCUUAAAUUAUAAGUUUUAAACGUGAAUUACCAUAAAUAUAGGAAAAAACAAGAAAUUCUCUUACAAGUCAGCUCAAGAAGUUAGUGUAGAAGUAGGCGUAGACAUAUAUAUAUAAGCAAGGCAGGAGAAAAAAAUCAGCAACUAAUUAAUAAUAUAGUCAAGCCUAUAUAAAAUAUUUAAAUGUGUUUACCAUAAAUUAAUUAAUGCUUACUAUUUAAGUAUCAAGAAACAACCUACAAACUAUCAGUUUAGUGAUAAAUUUAGGAGAAGAAUAAAUUCCGGAAAUCUUAUUAUCCAACUUAAAAAUUAUCAUCCCAUCUAAUUUCUAAAAUAUUACAAGAUAUAAAAUGCUGACAGGAGAUGAUGAUGGAUUUGAAAUUAGUAUAUAAACAGAAAAAAACCAUGAAAUGAGUUUAUAGAAUGAUCAAUCAUUCACCUUAAAGUCACAUUUUUCAGUUAAUGAAGUAGACUUUUAACUAAAUUUAAUUAAGUAGUAGCAAAUGGACGAAAGAGAUGUUACUCAGAUAUUAUAUCUUAGAAGCAAUGAUUCGUGAUACUAUCUAAAAACAUUUCAAGUCAGUAGCCCAGUAAUUGUAGACAUGCAAGCCCAGUUUAGGCAUGUAACUGACAAGAAGUAUCAGCCGCGCUGACUUUCUGGAGAUGUAAUUAUGGUUUUGUAUACAUGCCACGAAACAUAAAAUCACCAAUGACUGUAAUAACUUCCUCGAAGAAACAGAACUACAAACUGAACACAUUAAGGGAAACUUUUUUCACAUAUAAGAAACAAUUCUUAAAAUUAAUUUACAACUGGAAACUUCUUAAUUUUAAAAUCAUGCGUAUGUCUGCAGGUCAUCAGACCAGAGUUCUGUCAGACGCUGAGUAGAGAAGUAGAUUCCAAAAUAUAAUAGAUACGUUCCAAUUUAUAUAGAGACUAUUAAAUUAAGUAGCUGAAACAUUAGAUUCCGUCCUAUAUAACCUGAAGACGGCUGAAAUUAAAUUUAAAACGAGCUAGAAUUUUAUCACGUAAGUGUUUAAAAUCAACAGAUGUAACAGAGUUCAGCUAGAAACAUUCAGAAUGCAUGGGAGUAAAGAACCUCAUGUGGAAACUAUGUAUUUAGAUAUCUUGAAUAUUAUAAUGCGACUAUACAGACAUUUCCAAACACACCCAUUCGUAUGUUAUAAACAUUGUACCAUAAUGUACCCAUUAUACAUAAAUACUUGAGUGUUAAAAAAUGAAACAACCAAAUCCGUGCUGUAGUUACAAAUAAAAUAAAAUAAUUAUAAUCCUUUCUAAAAAUA